GCGUCAAUAGUCAAUUUGGUCGGUGACGCCAACCCCAUCGUCAUCAACUCGCUGGAUCCGUGUUUCUGCAAAACAGGACUCCCAGGCGACAUGACCGGUGUGGUGAAAGUCUUGUUUCGGAUUUUCGAAGCCAUCGCGGCCCGCUCGCCUGAGGAAGGGGGCAGGUUGAUUUUUCAGGCGGCGGCGGCGGGAACCGAGUCGCAUGGGCUGUAUUUUCGGACGGGGAAGAUACAACCGUAUGCGCCUAUUGCCCUCGACGAGGAGAAGAGGAUGUAUGUCUGGAAAGUGCUUUGUAUGAGGUUGGACAAACUGCAGCCCGGCAUUCUGGCAAUUGUCAGUGGUUCCACUGCAUAAUUUAUAGUUUAUAGUAUACCUCAUCCAUAAUCUUUUUCUUAUUCAUUUCCUCCUGCCCUUGUUAGCAUCAAGAUGUUGAAUUCUUCAAUUUAAUCCUCAUCUGGCC